AUGGAGGCCACUGGCGACCGCGGUGAGGGGGCGCAGGCAUGGUCGCAUUUGCCAUUGGAGCUGCUGGACAGAAUUAUGCAAGUCUCCCAAGAGCAGGAAGGGGAAGAAACAAGCAGCUGGGUGCCAAAACUCGCCCACCUGGUCAAUGCUCAUUGGUCACACUGGGCGGCAGGAAGUGUUCAAGUGCUCAAGCCUCCCAGACAUGUGACCUUGAAGGAGGCGCUGCUACAGGUGGACAAGCAGUUUGUGAAGGUGUCCCAACUUGUGCUCGACAAUUGUUCUGAGGUUGAUGAUGCGGCUCUUACUGCUCUUGGCGCAGUGUCAACCGUCUGCAGUGUUGAUUUGACUAGGUGUCUACAGUUUACAGCAAGGGGCAUACAAAGCUUGACAUCAUCAUUGUCACUGCGACACCUCAACUUGAGUUGCAAUUGCAAUAUUACAGACAAAUGGCUGAAACCAUUGUGCCACCUGACCAUUCUUGAAUAUCUUAACUUGUCUAGAUGCCCAUACAUCACAGAUGAAGGGUUGCGAUCACUGGAGGGAAUGAAAAGACUGCGCUCCCUGAUUUUGUCGGAGUGUAUUCAAAUCACUGACAAGGGGAUGAAGCUGCUUGCAUUUCUGACAGAACUCCAACACCUUGACCUAAGCCAAGUUGACAGGAUCACGGAUUGUGGGAUCAAAUUCCUGGCUAGUUUGGAUUCUCUCAGCCAAUUGGUCAUCACGUAUUGCUCAGGAUUCACCGAUGAUGCAUUCAACUCACUGUCUUGCAUUAGGACAUUACGCUGGGUUGACUUGAGUUGCUGUUUGAAGAUCACUGGUGAGGGCUUCAGCUCCACUGCCAAUUUGGAAGGGCUUGAGGAGCUGAACAUGACAGGCUGCGCGAAUCUCAUGCAGUUGCCGGACAACCUAGGCUCUUUUGCACAACUCAAAACAUGGCGUUUGGAAGGUUGCUAUAAUCUUGCACAGCUGCCAGACAACUUGGGGUCGCUUGUACAGCUUCAGUUGCUAGUUUUGGAAAGAUGCACCAAGCUCACGCAGCUGCCAGACAGCCUUGGUUUGUUGACACAGCUUCGAAUACUAAAUCUGGGGAAAUGCUCGAAUCUCACAGCGUUGCCGGACAGCCUGGGGUCGUUGGCACAGCUUCGCUGCCUGCAUUUGUGGGGAUGCACGCAUCUCCGGCAAUUGCCAGACGGCUUGGGGUCGUUAAUGCAACUUGAAAAGCUACAUCUGGACAGAUGCAGUGAUCUCCCACAAUUGCCAAACAGCCUAGGGUCACUGGCAAAGCUUCAAGAGCUCACUCUGAGGGGAUGCACAAAUCUCACGCAGCUGCCAGACAGCCUAGGUUCACUGGCAAGACUUCGAGCACUGCAUUUGUCAGGAUGCACAAAUCUUAGACAAUUGCCUGACAGCCUAGGGUCAAUGGCAAAGCUGCAGGUGCUGCGCAUGUGCAAAUGCACGACUAUCAGGCAGUUGCCGGACAGCCUAGGGUCACUGGCGCAGCUUCAAGACUUGAAUCUAAGUGGAUGCCUGAACCUCACACAGCUACCGGAAAGCCUGGGGUCGUUGGCACAACUUCAAGGGCUUUGUUUGUUUGGAUGUGCGAAUCUGACGCGCCUUCCAGACAGCCUAGGGUCAUUGGCAAACCUCAUAGCAUUGAAUUUGGAGGGUUGCACAAAGCUCAUGCAUGUGCCAGAGAGCCUCGGGUCCCUGGCGAACCUUAAAUGGUUGCGUUUGGAGGGAUGCACGAAACUGGCACAGCUGCCAGACAGCUUGGGGUCAUUGGCAGGUCUUGUCAGGAUGCGAGAGUCUCACACAGCUGCCAGGCAGCCUAGGGUCAUUAUCACAGCUUAG